AUGGGAAACGAGCCCCCACGGAAGCACGCUACCGCCGCGCCCGGCGCAGUCCCGGGGCUCGUCCUGCUCUGGCCUGGGCAGAGGCUGCUGCGGGGUGCGCUGCCGGCCCCCAGCGCCCGGAGGCAAGGCUUCCGGCCGCCACGCCGCAGCUCGCCCCGCAGAGGCCCGCUCCUGCGCAAAGGGAGCCGAGAAAGGCUUCGGAGCCGCGCUGUGGCCUCGCGCCCGCCGUGCCCACCGCAGGCACGGGCCGCCUGGGCCGGAAACGCCGCUGCCCGCCCGCCCGGACGACCAACCGCGGCGUCUUGGUCGCGCUCUGGGAGCCGCGCACGGGCGGAAGAGGAAGUGACGCGCGGCCCCGCCCCUCCUUCGCGCGAGGUGCCCCACGGCCGCGCGCCUGCGCUCAGGGCGCUCGGGAGGGGCGGCUCCCCUCCCGGGCCGCGGGGAAGCGUCGACGCCUCCGAGCGGAAGGGGUCUCGUGCCUUCAGACCCGACCUCGCCGCCCUGCUGGGCCGCAUGCCCCGGCCGUCGCUGCGGGCUCCUGGAGAGCAGGCAGCUCGUGCAGGUAGGACCGGCGCUCCCCGCGUGUCGGCGAGGCUCUCGGAAGGGCCGCGCGGCGUUUUCCCCGGCUGUGGGCGCUGUUUGCUGGUGAGCACCUGGAAUGGAUAAAAGUGGCAGUUUUGUUUCUUCUCAUGAAACUGUUUAUCUGGGAUGAAAACCGUGGACUUACUCUAAAGUAGAACAUUUCUCGAGACCUGGAAUGACUUGAGCACCAGGAGGCCCUGAAAGGAGGCCUGAGGGUACAGAAGAGUUUGCUAACAGAAGGACUUAUGAGAACAACUGAUCAGAAACACCAGUAGAGAAACCUUUUGAAUUCUUCAGGCGACUGAUUCUUGGUUCAAAUUAAGUAAAAUCUACACGAAAGAGAAAUUAAAGUCUCAAAUAUGAAAAGUAUAUUGACAUCCUAAUGUAAAAGACAAAAGUGAAAUGGUAGACCUUUUUAAAAAGAAACUGUGGUUAAGUAUUUGUAAAACUUUCAGACAUAGCUCUGAGAAUUUCCAUGAUUCUGAAACUUGAUAUCCCAAAUAUGGAAUCAUUUCAGUGAAAAAAAAAAAUACUUGAAAAUACAUCUGGUAUACCCAAGGAAGAAGAGCUGAGAAUGGAAAAGUGCCACUAACAAAUUAUUUACAUAUAAUCUUGGCAACAUAAUAAGACACUCAGGUUUGAAUACAAUAAAUGUUGAAUUUCAUUCACAUGUGGAACAGAACCUACUGACUGUCCUUCAUUUAGAGAGUCUAUACAACUGUCCCCAAGCUCCAACUCUCUAGAUGUUCCAAUGUCAGGGUCCUGGAGGCUUGGGGUCUACACAGGUAGAUGAACUGUUGCCGAGUGAAUGCUUCAAACAGAGCAACAUGAGCACUGUUUUCUGUUCCAGCAGUGAGGUAAAAUCAGGUCGUUUUGGAAGAAGAGAAGCCACACUGCAUCUCUGCUACACAAGAUUCCUCUGUCAUUGCCUUUGAGUCUUUCAUACUCCCUUCUCAAGCAUCAACUUUGUAUUAUUGAUUUAACCCACCUGGUUCUGUUCUUGUGAGCACAUGUCUCUCAAUGCAUCUCCUCUUCAUUUUGUCCCUUUUCCUCUGUUGAAUUAGAGAAUAUAUGUAGGUAACCCUAUCAUCAGGGAGA